UGCGGCUGCCUCGGCAGCCGAGGGGGCUCCUUCUGCUGCCGUGGGCAGGCACAGCAGGGGAGGGUUUGCUUAGUUUUUCAGCUGUGCCUAAAGUUCGUGUCCAGCUGUCUCGGAUGCUUUGGAGAACAGACUCCUUCCGACCUGAGGCAGGUUGGCCGGGCUGGGGGAGUUCCCAGGGCACGUGGCAGGGUGUCACAGGGCCCUUUGUGACACGGUGGGAUGGCACGGGGCAGGGUGUCACAGGGCCCUUUGUGACACGUGAGGACAUAGCACUGGUGGUGAGGUGGCAACGCCUCAGUGCUCCUCGGAGCGUGCGACGGGACGGACGGGACAGAGCGGUGCUGUGCGGAGCCCCCGUGCAGCCAACUCGUUCCUUGCUAACCCGGAGCGUUUUGGUGGUGUUUGUGGUGCGAGCGUCCUCGAGGCCAGACCGCGGGACUUGGCGACACGGAGCUUUUGCGAGGUGUCCCCAAUCCCUGCGGCAUCUGCCCUUGAGGCCGCACUGCAGGACUUGUGUUUCGUAGGCUUUUCUGCCUUUCAGGUGCCCUCGAGGCCAGACCGCAGGACUUGUUGACCCGGAGCUUUGGCGAGGAGUCUCCAGGCCCUGCGGCAGGUGCCCUUGAGGCCACUCUCUGGGGCUUCGUGCCCCGGAGCUUUUCCCUGGCGUCUCCAAUCCCUGCAGCAGGUGCCCUCGAGGCCCGACUGUAGGAUGGCAGAGAGACGCUUCAGUGUGACCAGGCUGCUGAGGAGGAAGAAAAAGAAGGAAGACCCUGGGCCUGCCCCAGCACAGCAGCCUGAGGAGGUGGAGCAGUUCCAGCCCCUGCAGGAGGAUCCAGGCCAGGACCGGACACAGGAGCAGGACCGUGCCCGUGGCCGCUUCUGCAGGGCAGCACAGGCCUUUCUGAAAUUCGUGGGUGUUCGGCGUGGACAGUACAGGAUCACACCAGCCGAGGUCACGGCACAGCCUGACCCCACGCCGAGUGAGCUCAAGGCACACCCUGAAGUCGGCACCGUAUUGACUGACGGCACAGCAAACUGUGACAGCGUGGUGACCGACAACGGGACAAAAUCCAACACCGCCCUGCCUGAGCUCACCACAGAGGCUGACGGUGCAAUGACUGAGGGCAUCGCAGACACUGAGAGCACACCCGUUCAGUGCCUGCCUGAUGCUCUCAGUCUGGAGGUCCUUGAUGAAGGAGUUAUCUCUGUGGAAGUAGCCGUGGAGCAAGAGAGAGGCAUGGAGCAGAGACCCCGCAGGGUGCCCAAGCUGACAUGGGUGAAGAAGGAGGAGGAAAGCCCUGGAGUACCCCCGGCACAGCACCCUGAGGAGGUGGAGCAGUUCCAGCCCCUGCAGGAGGGACGGGACCGGACACAGGAGCAGGACCGUGCCCGGGGCCGCUUCCGCAGAGCUGAUCAGAGGGUGCGGAAAUCCAAGCCCGUUCAGCGUAGAAAGGCCAGGACCUCACCAACCAAGGUCAUCGCACAGCCUGGCCCCAACCUGACAAAGUUCAAGGGCAAGGCUGACACCCCAGAGACUGAGGACAUCGCAGACACUGACACAACACCCUUUCAGUGCCUGCCUGAUGAUCCCAGUGUGGAUGUUCCCGAGGAGGGAGUUGCCUCUGCUCAAGUAGCCUUGAAGCCCAACAGAGGCAUGGAGCAGAGACCUCCUAGCAUGCCCAAGGUGACCUUGGUGAAGAAGGAGGAGGAAGGCCCUGUGGCUACACCAGCAGAGCACCCUGAGGUGGUGGAGCAGUUCCAGCCCCUGCAGGAGGAUCCAGGAUGGGACCGGACACAGGAACAGGACUGUGCCCAUGGCCGCUUCUGCAGAGCUGAUGAGAGAAUGCGGAAAUCCAAGCCUGUUGGGUGUAGAAAGGCCAGUGCCUUACCAACGAAGGUCAUGGCACAGCCUGACGCUGACCCAGCUGUGCUCAAGGCCAAGGCUGACCCCCGAAGGACUGAGGGCAUCGCAGACACUGACACAACACCCGCUCAGUGCCUGUCCGAUGAUCCCAGUGUGGAAUUUCUUGCUGAGGGACUCGUCUCUGCUCAAGUCGCCAUAAAACCAGAGAGAGGCAUGGAGCAGAGACCCCCCAGGGUGCCCAAGCUGGCCUGGGUGAAGAAGGAGGAGGAAAGCUCUGGAGUACCCCUGGCACAGCACCCUGAGGAGGUGGAGCAGUUCCAGCCCCUGCAGGAAGAUCCAGGACGGGACUGGACACAGGAGCAGGACCGUGCCCGUAGACGCUUCCACAGAGCUGAUCAGAGAGAGCAGAAAUCCAUUCCAGUUCAACGAAGAAAGGCCAGGACCUCACCAACCAAGGCCAUGGCACAGCCUGGGCCCAGCCCAAAUGAGCUGAAGACCAAGGCUGAUGGUGCAAUGUCUGAGGGCAUCGCAGACACUGACAGGACACCCGUUCAGUGCCUGCCCAAUGCUCCCAGUCCGGCCUUUCUUGAUGAGGGAGCUGUCUCUGCUCAAGUAGCCUUGAAGCCCAACAGCGACAUGGAGCAGAGACCCCCCAGGGUGCCCAAGCUGGCAUGGGUGGAAAAGGAGGAGGAGGAAAGCCCUGUGGCUACCCCAGCAGAGCACCCUGAGAAGGUGGAGCAGUUCCAGCCCCUGCAGGAGGAUCCAGGAUGGGACCAGAACCCUGAUCAGGACCAUGCCCGUGGCCGCUUCCACAGAGCUGAUCAGAGAGUGCGGAAAUCCAAGCCUGUUUGGCAUAGAAAGGCCCGGAUGUCACCAACCAAGGCCACGGCACAGCCUGAGCCCAGCCCAACUGUGCUCAAGACCAAGGCUGAUGCCCCAGGGACUGAGGGCAUCGCAGAUACUGACAUCACACCCAUUCAGCAUCUGCCCAAUGCUCCCAGUCUGGCCUUUCUUGACGAAGGAGUUGUCUUUAGUCAAGUCGCCAUAAAGCCCAACAGAGGCAUGGAGCGGAGACCCCCCAGGGUUCCCAAGCUGGCCUGGGUGAAGAAGGAGGAAGAAAGCUCUGGAGUACCCCCGGCACAGCACCCUGAGGAGGUGGAGCAGUUCCAGCCCCUGCAAGAGGAUCCAGGCCGGGACCGGACACAGGACCGUGCCCGUGGCCGCUUCCGCAGAGCUGAUCAGAGGGUGCGGAAAGCCAAGCCCAUUCGGUGUAGAAAGGCCAGGACCUCACCAACCAAGGCCAUGGCACAGCCUGAGCCCAUUCCAACUGAGCUCAAGGCCAAGGCUCACAGUCCAACGACUGAGGGCAUCGCAGACACUGACAGGACACCCAUUCAGAGCCUGCCCGAUGUUCCCAGUUUGGCCUUUCUUGAUGAGGAAGUUGUCUCUGCUCAAGUGCCAGCUGUGGUGAGGUCCAUCCACUGGUGGCUGACUGCCAAUGUGUCUGCUGGGCACGUGCUGGAUAACACCCUUCUAGCACUGACCCAGGCACACCCCGCGGAUGUCGCCAUCAGCCUCCUGCGCUGUGCCCCCUCAUGUGACAGAGCUGCUGCAGUCAUGUGGAGGACCAUCGCCUCAUCGGGAACGACCCUGGAGAAGGUGCUGCCAACGCUGCUCUCUGUGAUGGAGGACUGGCCAUGGCACAGCACCCGCACCUCCGAUGGGGACAACACCAAUGUCUUUGCCCUGGCUGCAACUCUGGCAUUGUGGACGAUUGUCCAGGAGCCCCAGUGCCCAGGGCCAUUGAUGGAGUAUUCCCCCCAUCUCCUCGUGGCUCUGCUCUUCCAAGUUUUCAUCACCACAGAGCAGAUGUCCGAGGAGGUCGACAGCUUCUGGAGGGGAUGCCGGGAGGAACACGACCUUCCCACUGACCCCAACAGGUUUGCAGUGCUGAGCAUGAAGGCCCUGCUCUGCUGCCUGCACUGUGAGGAUGUGGUGCGUUCAGUGGAGCACAAUCGUGGCUGGGCGAGGCUCCUCAAUGCUCGCAGCCGCCGCUAUGCAGUGGCUCUGCUGGCCAGGGAGAUGCGCCGUGUUUCCAGCCCCUUGUGUUCCCGCAUCACACUCCACCUGCUGGAGCUGCUGAGCAGGGAGGAGCCGUGCUGGGACCUCCCUGCUAUGGCAUUCCUUGUGGAGGUCCUGGACUGCCUGGACACCAGAGAAUGCGGUGACAGAGUCCUGGAGAUCCUCUCAAGGAACCUGGGGAGCACAGACAAAAAGUGGCGUCAGCUGGGGCUCAGAGUCCUCAUAGCGCUCAGCCAGGAUCCCGUGAUGGACAAGAGCAUCUGGAGCCUGUCGGACAGCCUGGUGCAGCUCCUGGGGGAUGAGGACAGAGAUACGGUUUGGAUGACCCUCUCUGUGCUCGACAAUGUGCUCUGGAGCAUUGUCUGGACACAGCUGCAGAAGAGGGUGCACAGCAAAGACCCUCUAAUAUCCACCCCCACCGGCCUGCAGUUGGCUGAGGCGCUCCGGCCACUCUUUGACCACGAUGACAGCAGUGUGCGGGAGGGCUCUAUGGUCAUCUUCACACGUGUGAUGAAACUGAUAGAGAGAGCGGGAAAGAGACCCCUGAAGCCACACGUGUGCCUGAGCCUGCUCCCGCUCUACUUCCACCGGCACGAUGAGAACCCGGUCGUGAAAAAGGCCUCUCGGAAAGCACUGCUGGCUGUGACCAGGUUCCUGAAAAGGAGGGAUCUUGGGCGCCUGGUUAACACAGAGGAGCCAUGGAGUUUCGGCGAGUGCUUGCUGAAAAAGGACCGGAGCAGAGUGGCCAAGUACGUGCACCAGGCCCUGCCGUACCUGUGGAGCCCACAGCAGCCCCUGCGAGAGGCAGCCGUCAAGUUCAUGGGGAUCGCCGGCAGGUACCUGAGGGGACAGUACAAAGAGCUGCAGCUCAUCAUCGAUGCCCUUCAGGCCAUGACAGAUGACAGCAGCCCCACUGUCUCCAAGCUGACGCUUGAAACCAUCUCCUUUGUUGGAGCUGUACAGAGAGCUCCCUACCCCAGGUUCCAGCAGCUCCAAGACCAGCUCUGCAGGGCAUGGAGUACCCGGCCUUCUGUGUGGGGCUGUGUGUGCCUGUGCUGCUGUAGCUGUGCAGAGAGUUGAUGCAGGCAACUCUGUCUGUUGGGGCCACCUGAGCCUGUGGGGAAGACGCCUCUUCUCCGCAAGCCCUUCCUAUAUUCCUAGCAUAGGAAUAUUAAAUAAAUCUUGUCAUCCA